CAGUGCGUGCGGCCGUGUCCAUGGAGAGAGGGUGAGCAGUUUGAUCUCCUGCCGGAGGCACCAGAGCCGCGAAGAUGUCGGCUUCAUUAGUCCGAGCCACUGUCCGGGCUGUGAGCAAGAGGAAACUGCAGGCCACCCGGGCCGCCCUCACCCUGACACCUUCAGCAGUACACAAGAUUAAACAGCUUCUUAAAGAUAAGCCUGAACAUGUAGGUUUGAAAGUUGGUGUUCGAACCAGGGGUUGCAAUGGCCUUUCCUACACUUUAGAAUAUACAAAAACAAAAGGAGAUUCUGAUGAAGAAGUAGUUCAAGACGGUGUCAAAGUGUUCAUCGAAAAGAAAGCACAGCUAACCCUUUUAGGAACAGAAAUGGACUAUGUAGAAGAUAAAUUAUCCAGUGAGUUUGUGUUCAAUAACCCAAACAUCAAAGGAACGUGUGGCUGUGGAGAGAGCUUUAAUAUCUGAAACCUCAGGACUCUGUUUCUGUGAGCUCCAGGGAUGCUCAUGGGAACCUUUGGCAGAGAAGGAAAUCACUGACUGUCACGAGCGUAGGUUCACAAUGUCUGUCUGCCUUGCAAGGAAAAUAAGAGUAUUGCAUUUGAAAAUGAAGCCAGUGUGUUGAAUUCAAGAAGAAGAGAUACUUGCAUUUUUAAGGGACAGAGAAUGAGAAGUCAUUGCUCUUUUUGGAUCAUUUUUCUGUUCUGUAAAGGAAAGCAAAAAAGAAAUCCUACCCUACAGUUAACUGUUGCAUCCUUUCUGUUAACCAGUUUCACCCGAGUUGCCUUCCUGCUAGGAUUUCGGGAAACCCAUUCUUGCUUUGUGUCCACACAUGAGGCCUUUCUUGAAUGACAUGAAAUGUGCAAACCCUUAGCAUUUCCUGACCAGUUUGGUGACCCUUAAGCGCUCUCCUGACUGCAGGUCCGAAUGUGACAAGGAAUUGUUUUCUACCCAAACUUGGCCCGGCCUUUUUACAUUUUUAUCAAAAAUUUCAUUGCUGAUGUCUUCAUUUGCUGCCAGUUAGAUGGAAGCAUUGGACAAAGACUUCCUAGAACUGUUGUGCAAAAUAGUUCUGGGUGCUGGUAUUGAAAGGAAAAAAACUUCACCUACCUGCUUUUUCAUCCAUUCCUCUCAUCACCAUUGGCUUCCUUGACCACAAAACCAAGGGCAGGGCAAGGUGGCCUUUAGGAGUUCUUUCAAUAGCAAAAACAAGCCCAGAAAGCCAAACCACGGGAUGCUGAGGGCUUGACUACCCUUCCUUGGAUUGAAAGUCCGGGCCAGAGCUCAACUCUCCCAGACAUCCCCUUGUAAGUGCCCUGUGCCCUGUGAUCUCAGGCAGGUAAGGUAGUUGAAUGGAUGGCCUGGCUGCUUUCUCUCAUCCACAUUUUUUAUAAAAUUUCUUAGUAAUUUUAUAUAGAUUGUAUUAAUUUUCUUUUAUUCUGAGUUGGAAGAAUCUUAUUGUAAAACCCAUUUAUGUGAAUUUUUGCCUUGCUUUUUAGAACUGUAAGCAAUGGUUUAUGCUAGCAAGUAAGACCUAGCAGUCCAGUUGGUUCUUUUGGAAUGUAUCAAUUAUUAUGAAGCAGAACAUGGAAUGCUUUCCAAAAUUUCUCAGCGUGCUUAAUAUCUGCUAUCUCUUAAACCCAGCUGCGAAAUUUCAAACCUAACAUUUUUAUUCCCAACUUUCUUUUAUGGUUUUCACUUAGUUCAUUUAGUUAUUAAUUUUCCUGGGUUUGGCAUAUAAUUGUGGUGUGAAUUGCCAAAUAUACUUUUUUAGAGCGUUGAUUCCGCUGAAUUGAAGUCAUGUUGUGAACCUUCAUGUUUGCUACUGUUCAUUCUAGUACCUGGCAUGGGUGCAGCAAACCUAGAGCUUUAUACGUUUGCUCGUGAGUUGGUUUCAUGAACGUAAUUGUUGGCCCACUUAAAAUUUGUGUAGUACCAUAUCAUUUUAUUGAGUUAACCAAUAAAAAAUGUGGCUUCUUGGUGAUCGUAAAA